AUAAAGGCUUCACUACGCUAUGAAAUUAACAUAAUCUGAAAGCACAGACCUCCUACACAGCAUUACUGUUGAGCUGUGUCGCAAAUAAAGUUAUUCAGGAAGCUUUUUAGUCAAACGCGUAAAACCCAUGAGAUGGGCUGUGCGCUCUUUGACUUAAAACUUAAACUCCACGACAGCCUUGAAACAGACUAAAUCGUUUUAGCCUACAACUUGGACAGCUUGAGCGAGAUAAAAAGCCGCCGCAUCCGUGGGUCUGACAGAUUGCCUGAUCAUCAUUAAAUGACUGAGGACAUAACAAGAAGGAAUCAGAGACACAAUGCCUAGGUCUUUCUUGGUAAAGAGCAAAAAAGCACACAGCUACCACCAUCCACGAUCUUUGGAGGAUGACUACAACAGACUUGAUACUAUUUUAGCUCAAAUAUGUACAGAAAGCAAAACGUCAGACGAGUUAGAAUGCUGUAUGGACACUUUGACAAGCGACACGACCGGUGGAUGUUCUCCAGAUUCUCACCUGGAUCCAGCUGAUCUUUCCUCCAAGUCUCCUCUCAGCAGCGGGGAAAGCGGAUGCGACCGCUCGUCAGAUUACGAAGACUUUUGGCGACCCCCAUCACCAUCAGCAUCACCCGAGUCAGAAAAAUCAUUUUCACCCUCCGUUGAGGAAACACAACCCUUCGCCGUCCCGUUUAGACCUUACGCGUGGAGCAGUUACUCUGGAUGUGAAAUAAGACAGCUGGUGCAGCACACUCUGAACCAUCACAACUCUCUGGAUUUGGAGCGGCCUACCCCACCAACCUAUUACAAUGACCGCGUGGUCGAGCCCUCACUUUUCACUGAUCGAGGAACUGUCACGAGCGUUUACAACAGUUAUGGCUCCAAUCCCACCUUAUUCGAACGCUCCACUGGCUCACUUUAUGAUGACAGCAGCGUGUUGGGAAAAGGAGCUGAGAUGAAGGCCAGUUCCGACGUGAUGUGUAGUCGUCUCCUGCUUAAUGGCGCAUACAAAUGUAUAAAAUGUAGCAAGGUGUUUUCUACACCACAUGGCUUAGAAGUUCACGUCCGCAGAUCGCAUAGUGGUACGAGACCUUUUGCUUGUGACAUCUGCGGAAAAACGUUCGGACACGCAGUCAGUCUGGAACAACACAGAGCUGUUCAUUCACAGGAAAGAAGUUUUGAUUGUAAAAUAUGCGGGAAAAGUUUCAAAAGAUCAUCCACGCUGUCAACUCAUCUCCUGAUACACUCCGACACGCGUCCAUACCCUUGCCAGUACUGCGGAAAGAGGUUUCAUCAGAAAUCAGAUAUGAAGAAACACACAUUCAUUCACACAGGGGAAAAGCCACACAAAUGUCAGGUGUGUGGGAAAGCUUUCAGCCAGAGCUCCAAUCUGAUAACACACAGUCGAAAACACACAGGAUUCAAACCGUUUGGAUGUGACCUCUGCGGCAAAGGAUUCCAGCGCAAGGUCGAUUUAAGAAGACACAAGGAAACACAACACGGACUGAAAUGAGGAAACUUGCAUUUUUGGACCCAGAGCUUUACUCAACACUAUAGAUCAAUACAUCUGAACUUUAAUAGACUUUUUAAUUUAUCAAGCAACAAAUGCUGUUUCACAAAAAAUCAGUGUUUAAAAGGAGGCUACGAAUAGAGUUUACAUUAGUUAUAGAUGGCUGUUUAUGCUUUGUGUGAGUUGCCUACGAGUCAGCAGUAGGCCAGCAGGUCUGGCAGCUUUUGUGAUGGUGUACAGGCUAUCAUAGGAGAUCAGUGGCCGGCUGCAAAGCCUUGCUAGGCACAGUGUCUGAACCCAAAAUAUUAUCACCAAAAUAAUCAGAGUAGAAAUAUAACCGCCGCGAGAAAGGACAUUGUAUCACCCAAAAUAUCAGCUGAAGGAGAGAAAAAUCACCGCACCUCAGAAGAAUGCCACUUUGUUUUUAACGCUGCAGAGGUGAUGCUGGCAAAACAAGCACUACAAUAGACUGCGUGAUUUCAGCAAUAAAAGGAUUGUUUGUGUACUGCUGCCCAACUUAAUUGAUUUGGCAACUUGUCGAGCUUUACACUUGUUAAACAUAAUGACAACAGCCUAAAUUUAAUUCUGGUUCGUUUUCUGAUAUAUGAAGAGUUUCGUUGCAAAACGAGAUAACUCCGUUUUUAACAUUUUUGUCAAAACAUGUUUAUUAUUAUGUUAUCAUAUGUUAUUAUUUUGUUUUAUGGUGCUACUUAGCUGUCUGUUUUAAGUUAUGAAGGUUUAAAUCAAAACAAACCAACUGCAGUUGAAUUGAUAUUAAUUGGAAUGCACAAAAAAAACGAGAUUUCUGAAAACAAAC